AUGGGCGACCUCUUGGGCGGUCUCUCGCCGGCCGGAGGCAUAGCCCUAGGUAUCAUUGUCGGCAUUCUUUCCACGAGCGUGCAGAGCGUGGGUCUCACACUUCAACGAAAGUCGCACAUUCUCGAAGACGAAAAGGUGCCACACGAUGUGCGACGGCCGCCGUAUCGAAGGCGGCGGUGGCAGGUCGGCAUGGGCAUGUUCCUCGUCGCCAACAUCCUCGGCAGCUCCAUACAGAUAUCGACGCUCCCACUCCCCGUCCUCUCCACGCUGCAAGCCGCGGGCUUGGUGUUCAAUUCCAUAUGCGCAACCAUCAUACUGCACGAGCCCUUCACCCGAUGGUCCUUGUACGGCACGACACUCGUAACCGCUGGCGCUGUCCUCAUUGCUAUCUUUGGCGCCAUACCGUCACCCGCGCACGAUCUUCGAGAGUUGUUGACUCUUCUGGGCCGACGACCUUUUGUAAUAUGGAUGGUCCUGCAAGGACUCUUUGUGGUGGCCAUCGCAGUGGUGAUGGAUGUUGUCAACGCAGUCUCCAACCUUUCGCAUGAUGCCAGGUUCCGUCUCGUGCGCGGUAUAGUGUACGGUGUCAUCAGUGGCAUGCUGUCAGCGCAUGCGCUCCUCUUUGCCAAGUCGGCCGUGGAGUUGAUAAUCAAGACGGCGAGCGGCAAGAACCAGUUCACGCAAUGGCAGUCAUGGAUGAUUGUCCUUGCGUUGGUGGCUUUGGCGCUGUGCCAGCUGUACUACCUACAUCGGGGGCUGAAGCUUGUUUCAACGUCCGUGCUGUACCCUUUGGUGUUCUGCGUCUACAAUAUCAUUGCGAUCCUGGACGGCUUGAUCUACUUCAAUCAGACCAGCUUGAUUUCACCGCUUCGGGCUUGCCUGAUCACGCUUGGGACAGUGAUCCUGCUUGCUGGCGUGCUUGCUCUAUCGUGGCGGCUGAGCGAGGAACAGCAUGCGCCCGCUGUUGCCCAGUCUUCACUGGCGCCCGGUCUUGGGCUCAUCGAGGAUACGGAUGGUGAAGAAGACUCACUUCUUGGAUCUGGUUCUGCAGUGGACGACACUGAGUCUGGCUCAGGAUAUCAGACCUUCCCUACGAUCAACGGAGAUACAACACCGCUGACCCCUACCCGUAAGAAGGGCUUCAGUCAGUCGCUUGCGCUCGAGUACGCUGCCAGGUCGAUCCGAGUCAUCGCCGCUUCUGUCAACAUAUCAGAGACGGUCAUGGUGGAAGGAAAGAGGAAGGCCGACGUCCACAGCGUCACUUCCCGCAGCAGCCGCGGGCCCGUCUGGUCCCACGACGUAUCGAGACGAUGCUGA